AUGAAUUUAGGGCUUCAUCAUGUAGAUCAUUGGCUUGGUGAGAGCAGGUUCACAGCCCAGCAGAGGAACUGCAAUGAUCUUUCCACUUGGCUGCACACAGAGUACCAGGCAGAAUCCCAGCCUCUACGUCCAUGUGAGCUUCGGAGGGAAAAGGCCUUUCUGGAAGGAGAAGAUCAUGUUCCCCAGUGCUCAGAAGAUGGCCAGUUCCGGACUGUGCAGUGCAGCAAGAACGACCUUUCCUGCUGGUGUGUAGAUGACAAGGGAGCUGAAGUACCAGGCAGUAAACAGAGUGGAGUUCCCAUAUCCUGUUUAUCCUUCUGUCAGCUGCAAAAGCAGCAGGUCUUGGUAAGUCGCUACAUCAACAGCAGCACCAUCUCCUACAUCCCUCAGUGCUUGGAUUCGGGGGAGUUUGCUCCAGUGCAGUGUGACGUGGGCCUGGGACAAUGCUGGUGUGUGGACUCAGAAGGGAUGGAGAUUUAUGGCACAAGGCAGACAGGGAAACCAACCCAAUGUCCAGGGAGCUGUGAGAUCCGAGACCGUCGUAUUCUGCAUGGAGUUGGGGACAGGAGUCCACCACAGUGUUCAGCAGACGGAGAAUUUUUGCCUGUUCAGUGCAAAUUUGUCAACAUGACCAACAUGAUGGUCUUUGAUCUUGUUCACAGUUAUAACAGGUUCCCAGAAGCAUUCCAGACUUUCAGCUCCUUCAGAAGCAUGUUCCCAGGGGUCUCUGGGUACUGUUACUGUGCUGACAGCCUAGGGAGGGAAUUAGCAGAAACUGGAUUGGAACUGCUGCUUGAAGAAGUUUACGACACAAUUUUCUCUGCGCUGGAGCCUGCCCUCACCUUCGCUGAGACCACCAUGUAUCGGAUUCUUCAGAGGAGGUUUCUGGGGGUGCAGCUGGCUGCCUUGGGCAGGUUUCGCUGCCCCUCUAAAUGUGAGGUUGAGAGGUCGACAGCUGUUCGCUUUGGGCACACGUACAAGCCGUCUUGUGAUGAUCAUGGAGACUAUAACCCACUGCAGUGCCAGCAGGAUGGGCAGUGCUGGUGUGUGGGUAACAAGGGGCAGGAGUUUCAGGGAACAAGAAGGCAAGGGCAGCUUCCAGUUUGUGGUGAAGAACAAACAUGUAUCUCGGAGAGAAGGCAGGCUCUCUCCAAGCUUUUUUAUGGACCUGUUGGACACUUUAGCCAGCAUAGUUUAUUCAACACCCAAGAAAUGAAGGCAGAGGAAAUAGGCAGAUUCUCAAAAUCUUGUCCUCCUUCCUUCAAAGAGUUGUUUGUGGAUUCUGGGUUGCUGUCUCCUCUUACAGAAAGGCCAGGUCUCAAUCAGCUGCUUGAGCUUGAAUCAGUCCUCAGUGAAGCUGUCAGAGGCAUGUUUCCAUCCAGGGAGUUGGCUCAAGUUGCUCUUCAGUUCACCUCCAAUCCCAAGCGCUUCCAAGAAAAUCUCUUUGGAGGAAAAUUCUUGAAGAACCUGAUCCAGUUUAACUUUACAGGAGCUCUCGGCACUAGAGGGAAAUUCAACAUUGGCCAGUUUUCCCAGCAAGGAGGAAUGGAUAGUGGAGAGAGCGUUGCAAAAUUAGCAGAGGAGCCUUCACUGGAAACAUCAGAGGAGAGCUUCAUUACGAGUAAACCUCUUGUGGACAGUUUUGGCCGCACUGUUAGUUUGCAAGACAAUCAGAACGCAAUGAAAUUUCUUGCUUCCGUGCUGGAACUUCCAGAGUUUUUUACCUUUUUACAACAUGUUAUUUUUGUCCCUGAAGACAUCUCUGAAGAUUUAGGGGAAGUUGUGAGAAUAGUUUUGAGGUCCAAAGACUGUACUGAGGAGUCCAGCAAUUUGUUUGUUCCAACAUGCACCAAGGAAGGGAGAUAUGAGGAAAUCCAGUGCUAUGCAGCUGAGUGCUGGUGUGUGGACUCACAAGGAAGGGAGGUCCCAGGCUCAAGAGUUCAAGGCAAACGUCCGAGGUGUGCCAGUACAUGUGAGAAGCAAAGAAGUCGUCUGCAAAGCUUGAAGCAAAGCCAGCCAGCGGGGUCUGAUCCAUUUAUUCCCACUUGUACUGAGGAAGGAGAUUUUCUACCAGUCCAGUGUCAUGGACCAGAUUGCUUUUGUGUUGAUUUGGAUGGCAGGACUAUUCCAGGAACAAAAAGAAAAGCUGGAAAGCCCAUGCAGUGCCCAAGCCCUUGCCAGUUAACAGCUGGUCAGGUUUUCCUAGAGACAGUACAACUGCUGUUGUCAGACACAAGUGCCCUGUCCCAGAUUUCCAGAGUUUACAUCCCCCAGUGCAGCACUGAUGGUAACUGGAGACCGGUGCAGUGCAGUGGUCCUCCCGAGCAAGCCUUUGAAUGGUACCAGAGAUGGAUCAGUGAGAACAAUGAAGGCAAAACUCUGCCUGUUACUGACCUCUUCAACAUACUAACUGAAUAUAAAGAAACAUCUUCCCAACGCUUUGCAGCUUUUGUUAAGAAUCUGUAUGAGGCUGGCCACCAAAAUAUCUUCCCAGCAUUCACCAAGUAUCCUUCCUUUAAUGCUCUUCCUGUUGAAGUCCUGGAUGGCAGUAUAACAAUUGAAUCAGAGAACAUUUUGUUGGACCCAUACACAUUUUGGCAGCUUCUGCAGGGUCAGCUGAACUACUACCCAGGGUCCUACACUGAUUUCAGUGCCCUUUUAGGCCACUUUGAACUUCGCAAUUGUUGGUGUGUUGAUGACAAAGGAGAAGAGCUGCAGGGAACAAAGACUGAGGUGAACAAAGUGCCAGCAUGCCCUGGUGCAUGUGAAAGCAUGAAAAAGGAAGCAAUGCAGCUUAUUGAUGAAGCAGAGCAACUCAUCGUAGCUUCAAAUGGCUCCCACUUCCCAUUUGGAGAGAGCUUUUUAAUGGCAAAAGGAAUACAGUUGAUGGACCAUGACCUCCUGCAUUUUACUCAGUCCUUUCAGUCAGGGACCAUGUUCUCUGAAAAAAUAUUGACUGGCAGUGAUUAUGCAGUACGACUGGCUGCACAAUCAACCCUGCAUUUCUACUGGAGGAAUCGUUUUAUUUCAAGAAGUUCUGCUGGAGAAGCCAUGCUCUUGGGAUUUCAUCCUUACGUUCCCCAGUGUGAUGGACUGGGGAACUGGGAACCAGUCCAAUGCUAUGAGAGUACUGGUCACUGCUGGUGUGUGGACGAGAGGGGACGUUAUGUCACGGGUUCUCUGCGUGCACGCUCAGCACAACUCCCAACAUGCCAGACAUCAUGUCAGCGGUCUCGAGCCAAUGCUUUGAUUUCCAGCUGGAAGCAGAGUGGAGCACCAUGCAACACUGCUCCUGCAGACCUGUUCAUCCCCUCAUGUCUAGAGACUGGUGAAUAUACCUUGCUGCAGAAAUUGGACUCAGAUGCUCAGUGUGUGGAUCCCAUGUCAGGAGAUGUGCUUCAGCGGAGUAGCCAGGAUUCAGAUGGCAACCCCCAGUGUCCUGCUCUCUGUAGCAUGCUGAAGCCCAAAAUGAGUUCACGAGAAAUCGGCAAAGGGUACAUUCCCCAGUGUGAGGGGAACAAUGGGAGCUUCUCACCAGUGCAAUGCAGCCAGGAUGAGGAAAGCUGUUGGUGUGUCUUUGAGAGUGGAGAAGAGGUGCCUGGAUCACGAGUAAGCGGAGAAAGGCCUGCGUGUGAAAGUCCUCAGUGCAUCCUGCCAUUCAGUGUCUCGCAUGUGGUCAAUGGAGUGAUUUUUUGUGAGACCAUCUCGGGUCAAAAUCAGAAUUCCCAGCAGUGCCAACUGGUUUGUCGUCGAGGUUUCCAAAGUGUCUUUUCCAGCAAGACGUUUCUGUGUGACGUGGAAAGUCGGCGCUGGAUUUCAGAUCCCCCCCUCUCUCAAACCUGUCAGAAGCUCCAGCUAUUUCAGACAGUCCAGGCUCAAACACAGUUCCAGCUGCUGCUGCCUUCUGGGAAGGCCUGCAGUUCUGACUACUCCGGAUUACUACAGGCGUUCCAGAUCUUUAUAUUAGAUGAACUGAAAGCCCGUGGAUUCUGUCAUAUUCAGGUAAACGCAUUUGGAAAUAGUAGGCCGGUGUCUCUCUGUGAUGAUUCUACUGUGCUGGUGAGCUGUUUAACCGCGGACCGCUUAGGGGUGAAUAUCACCUGGAAAGCUCAGCUUGAAGACAUCCCAGCAGCUUCUCUCCCUGAUUUACAUGACAUUGAAAACACAAUUGUUGGUGACAACCUCAUUGGGCGCUUCGUAAAACUGAUCAAGAGUGGCCGCUUUCUUCUACACUUGGACUCCAAGCAAUUCCCAGCAGCUACUUCCAUUAGUUUCCUCCGAGAUGAAGAUUUUGACCUAUCUCCCAGUGUCCAGCUUGGCUGCAGGAGUGGAUUCCAAAGAAGUUCAUCACCUGGGACAGCAGUCUCAAAUUCCCAAGGAUGUGUUGUCUGUCCACCGGGAACCUACUUCCAGAACGGCAAAUGCACUCCAUGUCCUCACGGGUCCUAUCAGUCGCAGACUGGAAGUCUCUCCUGCAUCAAGUGUCCCUCGGGCAAAACUACUGUCUCCACUGGAGCUUUCACAGCUGAUCACUGCAUCACAGAUUGUCAGCAGAACAGGCAGAGUUUACAGUGUGAUGAAGAGGGCCAGUAUAGACCUUCCCAGCAAGAUCCCAUCACUAAGAAAUCAUUCUGUGUUGACAAUCUUGGAACGAGGCUGGGCUGGACUGAAACAGAUGACCUGCUUACAGAUUCUCAAUGCCUAGUGCUCAGAAAGUUUGAGAGAGUCCCUACAUCCAAAAUUAUCUACAGCAUGGAGGAUGCUGAAGUUUUUCGAUCUAAGACAGUCCAAGGAGACCUUCAGAGUCCUUUCUGGCAGUGUAUUUCAGACUGUGUGAAAGAAGAGUCAUGCGGUUUUGUCACAGUAUCUACUACAGGCUCUAAAGUGCUGUGUGAACUAUACAGAGCUGUUGAAACCAAUUUCAACUGUACAACAUCUGGACUGAUGCAAGGUGCUUUGGGAAACUCUGCUGCUUCUAGUAUUGCUCAUCUUAGCUGCCUACUUAAAAUCAGAAACCAGGAGAAGGAUGAAGUGGCCAUAUACCUGAAAAAAGGACAAGAAUUCACCACAUCCGGCCUCAAGACCUUUGAGAUGACUGAUUUUCAGAAUGUAUUUUCAGGCAUAUACAGCUCUAUGGUUCUCUCGGCAGCUAGUACAUCUUUGACGGAUGUUCAUCUCCUCUGCCGUCAGGCCUGCAGCCAGGAUCCUUGCUGUGAUGGCUUCAUCCUGAGCCAGAUCACACUUCAUGGAGGUACUAUCCUAUGUGGACUGAUGAGCUACCCUGAUGUACUCAUCUGCAAUACAAACGACUGGAGUCAAACCUCCAUACCUGGAACAGAUGGGAUAUGUAAAGGUGUGAACUAUGAUGAAAAAGACAAGAAGUUUUCUUUCAGUCUGGGAGGACAAAUGUUCACGGGAACUUGUGAGCUUCCAGAAGGGCCAGAAGGAUUCUUCACAAGUUUUCAACAGGUUUAUCUAUGGAGAGGUUCCAAUAUGAUUACCCGGAGGCCGUCCUCUGCAUGUGGUGCUGCUGUUCUCCAAACACAGACUGGCCUAAUGUUAUCAGAAUCUGCAGGAGAACUUUUCUCUGUCAUGGACAACAACCUAAUACAAAUUGACCAGAGCCGUUCCCUCCCGGCCCAGGAAUACUGGCUCUUCAAGCACAAGUUCUCCUUAAAGCAGGCAACACGCUGGUGUCUCACUCGCUGUACACAAGAGGGUGCGUUCUGUCAGCUGGUGGAUCUUCAGAACACCACAGGCACCUACUUCGUCUGCACCCUCUAUCCAGAGGCUCAGGUCUGCGAUAACUCCGUCAAUAAAAUCCCUGACAGCUGCCAGAUUAUAUUACCUCGGGAACCUCAGGUUGUACAUUACAAAAGAGUCACUCUAGGAGCAACUGUGAAGAACUUCUACACACGUUUGCCAUUCCGCAAAGUAACAGGAAUCGCAGUAAGAAACAAGAUUGACCUGAGUGGGAAAGCCAUUUCCGAUGGGUUUUUUGAAUGUGAGCGUUGGUGUGAUGCUGACCCCUGUUGCAUGGGAUUCGGGCUUUUAAAUGGCUUACAGUCAACAGGUGGCAAGGUGUUGUGCUUGACACUGAAUGGUUUAGGAAUCCAGACCUGUGCUGAGGAAACAAGGAGCGCUUGGCAGGUUUCAGACUGCAGCUCUUCAGAUGCAGAAUCCAAUACAUACCCAUUUGGCUGGUAUCAGAAGCCUGCCAACCUGAAGAGAGCCAUCCCCAGUGUGUGCCCACCUGUUCUUUUACCUCUACGACUAGAGUCUGUGUCUUUGGACAUGUGGCAUCUCUUGGAUACAUCUUCUGUACUCGUCGACUCAUCCCUUGUGAACUUUGAUGUUGUACAAGUCAGCAGAGAUAAUUCUGGUAACUUCACCGCUGCCAGAGACAUUUGUCUGUCAGCCUGUUCAAAGAGCCAGUCCUGCAUAGUGGUUACCCUCGAAAUCCAGCUCUCCACAAUCCGAUGCAUUUUCUACCCUGAUACAAAGAUAUGCACACAUGGCCUGCAAGGUCACAGCUGUCGAAUUUUACUCAAAGAGCCAGCUACUUACAUCUAUCGGAGACAAGAUUUGUUCCUACCUAUCUCUGAGCCUGGCGUAACCUCGGUGAACAUCCCAUCCCAGGGGUUGUUGAUCGGCAGGUCCCGAGCAAUCCGCAUUGGUGCAGAGUGGAGAAGUGUCAGUCGGUUCCUUGGAAUCCCGUACGCCGCACCGCCAGUAGCAGAGAACCGGUUUCGUCCUCCGGUACCGUUUACUUGGCUGGAAUCCUGGAAUGCCACCAUGGCUCGAGCUGCUUGUUGGCAACCUGGGGAUGGAGCUGUUCAGGCAUCUAUUGUCAGUGAAGAUUGCUUAUACCUGGAUGUGUUUGUUCCUGCCGACACUGUCAGAAACACAUCUGUACUGCUGUUUUUCCACAACGGUGGGAGUGAUGGCACCGAGAAAGGAAAUGCAGCUAUAGAUGGAUCAUACUUAGCUGCAGUCAGUGAUGUCGUCGUUGUCAUUGCAAGUUACCGUGUCGGCGUUUUUGGGUUUCUUAGCACCGGUUCUCAGGUAGCAACUGGCAACUGGGGCCUUUUGGAUCAGGUGGCAGCUCUGAGAUGGGUGAAGAAGAACAUUGCUAGCUUUGGAGGAGAUCCACGUCAGAUUUCAAUAGCGGCUGAUAGGAGCGGAGCAGACGUUACCAGCAUCCACCUACUUGCAAAAUCUGUAGAUUCAAAUCUUUUUGAGAGAGCAGUGUUGAUGGGAGGCUCUGCUUUUUCUCCAAUGUCAGUGAUUAGUAAGAAGACAGCCCAAGAACAAGUGAGGGUUCUGGCUAAUGAAUUAGGAUGCCCUUCAUCCAGCAGCAAGGAAACCAUAACCUGUCUCCGUCAGCUGCCUGCAGGUGCUCUCAAUGAUGCUCAGACUAAGCUCUUAGCCAUCAGUGGGCCAUUUCAGUAUUGGGGUCCAGUGGUUGAUGGCAUCUACCUUCAGGAGCCUUUGGCUGCAGCCCUGCAGCGAACUCGACUUAAGAAGGUGGAUCUGCUAAUUGGAAGUGCUCAACAAGAUGGGCUAAUCAGCAGAGCGAAAGCAAUUAAGAAAUUUGAAGAAAGGAAAGGAAGAGUCAGCAGCAAAACAGCCUUUUACCAGGCUCUGCAGAAUUCCCUUGGGGGAGAGGACUCCAAUUCUUUUAUUGAGGAUGCAGCCACCUGGUACUAUUCCCUCCGACAUUCAACUGAAGAUUAUGCAACGUUCUCUAGGGCUUUGGAAAAUGCCACCCGUGACCGUUUUAUAAACUGCCCCAUUAUAAGCAUGGCGAGUUACUGGGCUGAUAACUCUAGAGGGAAUGUGUUCAUGUACCACGUGCCAGAGAGCUCCUCAGAGAGCAGCCUGGAGCUCCUACCCGAUGUUCAGUAUGGAUUUGGGCUGCCAUUUUACCCCCAGUAUGAAGGACAAUUUACUCUGGAAGAAAAAAGCCUUUCCUUAAAAAUAAUGGAGUAUAUAGCCAACUUUGUGAAAUCUGGAGAUCCAAAUUACCCUCGUAGCUUCUCAAGUAAACUCACAAGGUCUGUGUCCAUAUGGCCCAUGUUCCUGCCACAUGCUAACGGCGAUAACUACAAGGAGUUCACUGUUUCCUUACCGAACCGCAAAGGAUUGAAAAAAGCAGAAUGUUCUUUCUGGUCUGAUUAUAUUGAAACACUCAAAGAAUCUACAGGCAAAACAGCUAAUGGACAGCAAUCUACUGAAAGCAGCCUGGGUCAAGAAUCAAGUGUAAGGGUUAAUUCUCAAGACACACCCAGCCAAUCAGGGGAAGACAAAGUGGCUUAUAGCAAAUAGAAUAUUAUGCUGAAGUGUAGAUUGGUUGAUCUGUGCAGCUGUGUCACACACACAGGUACAGUCGCUUCCAUUAUUGUAACAUUUUUAGGAUCUUGAACAAGCUACCAGCAGCCUUCAGCAAACUUCCUCAUUCAGUUUAACUUUGCAUCCGGCUAAGUAAAAUACUCAGAAAGAGUCAAGCAUAAUAAUCUAUCGGCUAUCCUUUUAGACUAAAAUAAACUGUACUUUACACUGUAAGGACAUUUCUCAA